AUGGCGAGAUGGACCUACUUGGCUUCAAUGCAGCUUCUCUCAACACGGGGAAGAUUCAUCCCCAAUUAUAAGUGUGAUGCCAAGGAUAGGGCAAUAUCUGUUAUUGCAGGACCUAACUCUCACAUCUAUCCCUACGUGGCAAACGCCUUGAAUGUCUACAAGAUGCCUCAGCUGAUAUAUGGGUCUUCUCCAACAAUAGAUGACAAGAUACAAACAGUUUUCUUUCAUCGUUUUUUCCCAAGUGGUGACCAACAGAUUAUGGGUAUUCUCCACUUCUUGUUGCAUUUAAGGUGGACAUGGAUUGGGCUGAUUUCCCAACCUGAGGAAAGUGAAAAGAGAUUCAUUCAAGAUGCUAUUAUUUUGUAUUCUCAGAAAGGUAUCUGCUUUGACUUCAUUGAAGAGAUGGGCAAGGAAACAUUUUCUAAUGAUAUUGGAGGAGCAUUUCAAGACUUUGGUAAAAUGUACAUGAUUAUCAUGAAGAGCACUGCCAAUGUCAUUAUCCUCUAUUGUGAAAACCAAGUCAGUGCCAUUUUUAGAAUGUUGCCCUACUUUACCGAAUAUGAAGAGAUGCCCGUCGAGAGAAAAGAUAAAGUUUGGAUAAUGCCAGCCCAGAUGGAGUUUACAUCCCUUCCCUUUCAAAAAAAUAGGGGUAUGGACUUUUUCCAUGGUGUUAUAACUUUUGAAGUUUCUUCCAAGGAGAUUUCUGGAUUUAAUAAAUUCCUUCAGAUGAGAAACCCAACUUCAGAAACAGAGGACCAUUUAAUGAGUGUGUUCUGGGAACAGGCUUUUGAAUGCUCUUUUCCUAAAGAUAAGUUAGGUGAAGAUGCUGGAAUGCUGUGCACUGGAGAAGAGAAGUUGGAGAAACUACCUAAGUCUGUGUAUGACACUAACAUGAGUGGGCAGAGUUACAGCAUCUACAAUGCAGCCUAUGGUGUGGCACAUGCUUUACAAGCCAUGCUUUCUCUCAUGUCCAAACACAGAGCAAGGCCAGAAGUUGGGAGAGAAACAUUGCUGACUCAAAAAGAAUGGCAGGUUCAGCCUCUUUCUGUAUGCAAUGACAAUUGCUAUUCAGGGACCAGGAAGAGGAAAAUAGAAGGGAAGCCGUUUUGCUGUUAUGACUGCAUUCCAUGUGCAAAAGGGAAAAUUUCAAACCAGAUGGAUGCAGUUGAUUGCUUCCAAUGUUCAGAAGAACACUAUCCAAACAAGGCUCAAAAUCUCUGUAUUCUAAAAACUACAACCUUCCUGUCUUACAGUGAGCCACUGGGAAUCAUCUUGGCCACUGCUAGUCUCUUCUUUUCCUUCAUUACAACUUUGGUGCUAGGUGUCUUCAUUAAAGAGCAGGACACACCCAUAGUCAAAGCCAACAACAGGAACCUCACUUACAUUCUUCUCAUUGCCCUCCUCCUUUCCUUUCUUUGCAGCUUACUCUUCAUUGGGAGACCUGACCAAAUGAAAUGUCUCUUGCAACAAACUGCUUUUGGCAUCAUCUUCUCCAUAGCCCUUUCUUGCAUUUUGGGGAAAACAACCAUUGUUGUUAUUGCUUUCAUGGCCACUAAGCCAGGCUCCAAAAUGAGGAAAUGGGUGGGGAACAGGUUGGCCAAAAGUAUUAUCCUAUCUUGCUCCAUAGCGCAAUUCACCAUUUGUAUAGUAUGGUUGGCAAUUUCUCCCCCAUUCCCAGAUUUAGACACGCACUCCAUGGCAGAAGAAAUUGUGCUGGAAUGUAAUGAAGGUUCAGCCAUCAUGUUUUACCUUGUCCUUGGCUUUAUGGGGUUCUUGGCUUCUAUCAGCUUCACAGUGGCCUUUCUAGCCAGGAGGUUGCCUGACAGCUUUAAUGAAGCCAAAUUUAUCACCUUCAGCAUGUUGGUCUUUUGUAGUGUCUGGAUAUCAUUUGUCCCAACCUAUCUGAGUACAAAGGGAAAAUAUAUGGUGGCUGUGGAGAUCUUCUCCGUUUUGGCUUCGGCAGCUGGAUUACUGGGCUGCAUCUUUUUCCCCAAAUGCUAUAUUAUUAUUUUUAGACCUGAUUUGAAUACGAAGGGACAGUUAAUAAAGAAAUGA